ACAAGUCUUAUUGACGUGGCACCAUGGACUUGCCAUGGAAAUAGCUGAUGUUCAAAGGAAAAACAAUGAAGACUUUGUUUCCAUACAUGUCAACUUCAAGGAGUUGUACAGAUCUGGAUACGAGAGUGAGAUGGCUCUUUUCCAACAUAUCCUGACACAAUGGUUCAAGAACGCCUGAAUGAUGCUGCAAUUGCACUGUAUCGAAUCCUGCGCCAAGCUAAUGUCAAGUCUGGCAUAUUUGGUGGAUAUGCCAUUGCUGUCCUCGGGGGCCUCCGCCAGAGUAAGGAUAUUGACUGCAUUGCGUCCAUAUCCAAAGCGCAAAUCAUCAGUCUGCUCGACGGCAAGGACGGCUUUGCUGCCAUCCCUCAGAGUCGACAGGACUAUGUCGCAUUCUUAUGGUCCGAUAAACCAGAUCGAAGCAAUGCGGUGCUUGUCGAGAUCUUUUGUGAGCAAUUUGCCGGCUCGCAAUACACUAUGAGAGACAUACAGGCCUCCCUUCGGACGGUAAAUGGCCAGCGACUCGGGACCGGCCUUGCCAGCGUCCUCGACCCAUUUUAUUUAUUCAAGGGUAAGCUUCGUGCAGCAGCAACACGGGCAAAAUAUCAUGAUUCGUUCGACUUGCGAUGGCUUGGAGAUCAAAAGGGGUCUUUCAGCCUUUCUCCACUUCCAAAGGUUGUGUCUCUGGAGCUCCCAUUGGAGCGUUCUUUCUGAUACUUCUGGCAUACAGGUUGCAUGUAAUUCCCAUAAUUUUAUACUCAGAUUAUUUGGAAUUUGUCUUCGAACCUGUCUGGAUGUACAGUCAGAAAUUUUUUUGGGUCUUCCAGGUCGCAGGAGGGUCUCUAAAUUUUCAUGUUUUUUGUCCUGUACAAGUGUGGAGUUAACAGUAGUGUAUGGCAAGUAGAGCAAUGAAGCAAUUUAUUUAUAAGUCUUGCCAG